UUUCGAAUGAAGGACCACGUUAGUUUUAAAUCUUUGCUGUUUUUUAUUGUUUCUCUCAAGAAUAAGAGAUGAAUCAAACUACAUAAAGCUCAAGCAUUCCCCAUGUGCACCCUCAGUCCACUGAGCACGCGAAUAGGAGGGGUUAGCCAAGCACAUGACUUAGGAAAAGAAAAAAGAAACAACACAACGUUACAAGGGAUUGCAGUCCGGGUGGUGAUUAUGCCUGGUGAAGCCACCAGUAAUAUGUGGCCCUAGUAACCGUGACAACAAGCCUCAUGUAGCCUUCGUAAAGCUCCAGUCUUUCUCAGAACUUCUCACAGGAGUGGACAUCCUCUGCCUCCUCCUCAGGCCAGGUCAGCCAUGCAUCUAUCUCAAGAGGACCAAAAGGUGGAGAUUGUGCUGAAGGGAAGAGAAGCCACAGCAGCGUCACUGAAAAUAUCAGAUGGCAGCCACACCGUCAUGACAGAUCCCCGUUCGGACAGCUUGGAAGAGGGUCUAAACCAGAGGCCUCAAGGUGGCCUGAUAUACUCCAUUAAUGACCGGCCACCCUGGUACCUCUGUGUUCUCCUGGGUUUUCAGCAUUACAUACUGGCUUUUGGUGGUAUCCUGGCCAUUCCUCUUAUCCUCGCCGAGCCGCUGUGCAUUAAGGACAACAAUGCAGCCAAGGGCCAGCUAAUCUCCACCAUCUUCUUCGUUUCGGGCAUUUGCACACUGUUGCAAACCACCAUUGGAACCAGAUUGCCAAUCCUACAAGGAGGAACUUUCACCUUUAUCACACCAACACUGGCCAUCCUGUCUCUGCCUAAAUGGAGGUGUCCUGAGAUGGGCCAAACCGCAGUCCUCAAUACUACAGCAGCAUCUGCAUCGCUUACAGAUCCUGAGGAGGCUUGGAAAGUGCGCAUGCGUGAGAUCCAGGGGGCCAUCCUGGUGGCGUCGGUGGUGCAGGUUGUGCUUGGGCUGUCUGGAUUGGUGGGCCUGGUGUUGAAGUUCAUAGGUCCACUUGCAAUCGCACCCACCAUCAGCCUGAUCGGGCUCGCACUCUUCAAAGAGGCCGGCCAGAAGUCAGGAGCGCACUGGGGCAUUUCGGCUCUGACGGUGUGUCUCAUUUUUCUGUUCUCCCAGUAUUUGAGCAAGGUCAACGUGCCUCUUAUUGCUUACAAGGACAAGAAAUGGAAGGUCUUUCGCUACCCCCUGUUUAAGCUCUUUUCGGCCCUGUUUGGGAUGUGUGGAGCCUGGCUGGUCUGCUUCCUCCUGACGUAUUUUAACGCUCUCCCCACUUCACCGGAUGAGUACGGCUACAAGGCCAGGACAGACCUGAACCUGGAGGCAGUUAGCAGUGCUGCUUGGUUCCUCAUGCCCUAUCCAGGACAAUGGGGUCUACCCACAGUGAGCUUCUCCUCUGUUCUGGGCAUGGUGGCAGGGGUGCUGGCAUCCACCAUGGAGUCCAUCGGCGAUUACUACGCCUGCGCCCGGCUCUCUGGCGCUCCCCCUCCACCCAGACACGCCAUUAACCGCGGCAUUGCCGUGGAGGGACUGGGAUGCAUCCUGGCAGCCCUGUGGGGCAGCGGCAAUGGAACGACGUCAUACAGCCAGAACGUCGCAGCCCUGGGCAUCACCAGGGUUGGAAGCAGACUAGUACUUCAGACAGCUGGCCUCCUCAUGGUCAUCCUGGGACUUUUCGGGAAGUUCAGCGCCGUCUUUAUCACCAUCCCAGACCCAGUGAUUGGAGGCAUGUUCCUAGUCAUGUUUGGAAUGAUUGCCGCAGUGGGAAUAUCAAACUUGCAGUAUGUGGAUUUGAACUCUUCAAGGAAUCUUCUGAUCCUUGGGUUUUCAACCUUCAGUGGUCUUGUGUUGCCAACAUGGUUUCAUUCAAAUCCGGACAUGAUAAAUACAGGCAUAACAGAGCUGGAUCAGCUCAUCAUGGUGCUCUUCACCACUCACAUGUUCAUUGGUGGCUUAUUUGGUUUUGUUCUGGACAACACAAUUCCAGGAACGGACGAGGAAAGAGGGAUAAAAAGCUGGAGGGAGGUGGUGCACAGUGGUAACAGGGUCUACUUCAGCGACCAAUCUUGCUACCAUCUGCCCUUCUGCAUGAACUUUCUCCAGAGAAUCAAAUUUUUCCAGAAGCUUCCCUUCCUUCCACAGCUAAGGUCUCAGGAUCAGGGGACGCAUCUUUAAAACCUGGAGACUGAUGCCUAUUAUGCAUGAUUUGUACUGUGAUUUUUAUUAUAGGACUUCCUGUACAGACUUGUUUUUCUAUAAUCUCAGUGGUGCCAUAGAAAAGUGUGAAAAUGGUCUUUCAUAAAUUUAGAAAUUUCAGCUUUGUAGCUGGUUUUAUAUUCAUAGAUACAAAAGUAAAUAUAACUGCAAAUGGCAAUCAGUAGGUUUAAGCACAUUUAGCAGAAUGAGGAUCAGCGCUGAAAACCUGGUGGCCUGGAAAGAUUUUCACUAAAUUUGUAAUCGUUCCUCACGUUUGCAUUCUGUAUAUCAAAAUUACAAAAAAAAGAGGAGUAAAAAACAUAUCAAAAUUAUUAUCAAAAAUUGAUAGGACCAAAAGUUCCUCACUUCUGUCUUAGUAAAAACAGCCUAUGAACAUAUGUAAAGCAGUCUUUUGAGCUUGGUUGGGAUUCCCAGAGACAGAAAUCACACUUUGUUUAAUUCGGCCUAAGCAUUCAAAGGUGAAACUGAAUGUCUCUGACAUGGUAUUAAUUUACAUAUUUGUAUCUUUUUUACCUACAAAUUUAAGAUCAUCAAACAAAAAUCUGGAAAUCCAUUUUUCAACAAUAAUUUAUAUUUACAAAUAUGUGUGUAAAACUGUACUGAAUGACAACUCCAUUGAUGUCAAAAUAUUAAACUCUGAAUGAGAUAUACAUCAUAUUCAUAAAUAGCCCCCAUAGUGGCCAAAUUGCUUGGUCACAGUGGUCACGCCCCUAUAGCCAGGGUUGCUGUCAUAUUGGUGGAGAAUGCGGGUUUGUGGAUAUUAACUCCUAAAAAGGAAAAAAAAACACCCUCAGUAACUCACUGGUUCUCUCUGGCUGGGAUCCCCUGGAUUGUCUGUUCGCCUUCUACCUGCCAGAGCCGCACUACAAAGGGCUCGGGGGAAGAAAAGCGGGAUCUCAGCCCGAACCCCAACUGUCUGAAACAUCACCACAGACCAUGGAGUGGCUCCACCAGCUCUGGGAAAAGGCCAGUGAGGAGUGCCUGCAGCAGAAAUGGACGCCCCACCCGUGCUUGGCUGGUGUGAAUGGUGCCUCCAGCCAUGGCACCGCGAGUUGGACUGCACCCACACCAGCCCAUACUGCGUCUUCCCAGACGAAGAAGAGGUGCUCAGCAACCUUCUGGAUGUCAGUGGCUUUGAGCACUCCAGUGCGGUCUGUGGCGCCAGGCUCCAAACACCACCCCCAAAAGUAACUUUACUUGUGCAUAUUAGCAAAUAGUCUAGGGGAGAAGUUUGACAGUCUGACAUUGGUAAAACAAAAAAAAUGUCUGCAAUAUGCAAAUUAUCCUCCCGGGUCAGAGCCAAACUUAGUUUAACAGACUUGAUUAAAUCUUCACAGGCUCAUUCAGGCUAUGAUUCUGAGGUGGACUACUACUUUUGAUGUGAAAAGGUUCUAAGCUCUAACUGAGUUUAAAAGGACACCUUUGUAACUUGAAAUUUGGAUAUCUUCGGCCAAUCAAAUUUCAGCAGACAUUUGACAGACUUAAGUAUACAAUCAUGAUAAAACUUGAUUGGUAUGUUUAGGGUGGGGACUCUGUAAUGAUGAGCAAAGUUUCAAAUAAUUGGACUACAAUACAGUUUUACGCACAUAUUUGUAAAUACAAAUUAUUAUUUAAGUAUUGCUUGGAUUUGUGUUUGAUGACCCCAAAUUUGGUGUUGUUGCACACAGGAGAGAUUGUAGGUAAAAAAUUAUUUUAAAAAAUGUUGACAUUUGUAAAAAGUAUGGCUGACAUAUGCAAAUGAAUACUUCCAUGUCACAGAAACAGUUGCAAGAAACAGUAUGUGAACCCUUUGGGUUUAUGUGUCCUCCAUGCUUAUUUAAGAUGUUAAGAUAUUGUCACAUUUAUAACAAUAAAAAAUAUAGUCCUGCUAA